CCCAUUGCAGAUGAAGGGUAUCUCAGUGUUGAGGGGUCAUUAGGGAGUGAGAGGUGCCUUGACUGACUACCUCUCAUUUACUCUCUGCAACUUGAAAUUGAAAGAUUCCUCCCCUUUCCAUCUGUAAACUUACAGCUCAGAAAUGAAGAAAUAUCUGUUUCUGUUCGGCCUUUUGGCUUCAGCACUGGCUGCAAAUGGACAAAGUAUGCUGCAUGGAAAAAAUCAGCAUGUCUCCAAACACAACCAGUCUCCAGAAGAGCAGUCAGUGAAGCUUCACAAGAGUAAAGAUGAGGUUCUGCCAACGUUUCUGCCUUUCGAGUCCAGCACUCAGGACCCAGAGGAUGAGGAGUACACAAGUGAUGAGAAUGAGAGUCGUGUGGAGCUCAAGAAAACAGGGGUGGAAGUUGUAGAAGACUCAGAGGGAGGUGAGAAGAAUACCCCUGUGCUCCUGAGUGAAGCGGCACUGACUCAACUCCUGCAGGACUCUGAGCAGGCAGAGGAACCUGUUGAGGAGGAGGAAAAUGAAAAAAUAGAAGAGAAGAAAGUUGUGAAGGAGACAAAGGAGGAUAAGGAAGAUAAAGUGUCCAAUUUUGAGAAAGGAGAUGGAUCAGAGAAGAGUGAAGGUGAGAACAAGGAAGAGGAUAGAAUGGAGACUGAAAGCAGUACUGAGGCAGAGAUACCAAUGUUCGUGGACUAUGCUGCUGACCGUGAUGCCUCAAAGCCACUGCCUAUCAAACUGAAGGAAGCUAAAGCUUCAACCACCAACACUCUGGAGAAAGAGGUGGAAGAAACAGUAGAAGUGGUCCCAACAGCCAUGGAGGAUUAUUAUUUUCAGCAAUCCAACAAUGACUCUGAGGACUCCAAAGAAGACAUUCCAGAUGAGAAAUGGUCUGAGCAGGAAGUGCCUGCAGAAAAACAACAAUACCAAGAUGAGCUGAAAGAGCCACUUCAAGACUCUGAAAAUGACGAAAACAAUGUGAGUGAGAACAAACCCAUUGAAAAGGAGAAGAAUGAUCUACAGGAUGGGAAGAACAGCAUUGAAUCUGAGACUGCUAUUAUUUCUAGUGGUGAUAAGGCAAAGAUAGAGAAGAAACAGAAGACUAAGAGGACAAGCCUUGAAAAGGACAAAGCAAAAAAGCAGCGAAAGAACCAGCAGAUGGAAAAGAUGCAGAGUGACCAGGCUAGUGCAAUAGAAGUAACUGAGGAACAUGUUCAGAGAAGAGAUCCAGAGAAAGUAGUUGAGCCCACUGAAAACACGGCACUGAAUCCCAAAAGGAAGAAUGGAAAAUGGGCUCGUUUGGUGGGGAUGAAUCCAGUACAAAUCAGGGCCACAAUGGAUCUUUACCCUGACAUAAGACCCACUCAUCGACCCAGCGGACAGGAGGUGCCAGCCGACCCCUGUGAGAACUUUCAUUGUAAAAGAGGCAAAACAUGCAAAAUGAACAACGAGAACAAGCCAAGCUGUGUUUGUCAGGAGCCGUCAGCAUGUCCUCCCAGUUUAAAUGUGUAUGACCAUGUGUGCGGAACUGACAAUAAGACAUAUGACACAUCCUGUCAGCUCUUUGCCACCAAGUGUAGCCUUGAGGGUACCAAAAAGGGCCAGAGACUUCACCUGGACUACACUGGAUCCUGCAAAUUUAUUGCUCCGUGCCAAGAGUCAGAGCUGGUCCAGUUUCCUCUUCGCAUGCGAGAUUGGCUGAAGAAUGUACUUCUGCAGCUAUAUGAACAUGACUCCAUGUCCCCUGGAUUUCUCACAGCCAAACAAAGAAUAAGGGUUCAGAAGAUCUAUGAGAGUGAGAGGCGUCUUCAUGGAGGCGAUCACCCCAUUGAGCUUCUACUGCAGGAUUUUGAGAAGAACUACAACAUGUACAUCUAUCCAGUGCACUGGCAAUUUGCACAGAUGGAUCAGCAUCCUUCAGACAGGUUCCUUUCUCACUCCGAGCUGGCUGCUCUGCGCGUUCCCCUAGUACCCAUGGAGCAUUGCACCUCAGUCUUUUUCCAGAAGUGUGAUGCUGACAAGGACAAACAGGUCUCUUUCAGGGAGUGGUGCAGCUGCUUUGGAAUCGAGGAAGGGGAUAUGGAUACCAAUUUGCUGUUCUAAACAUCACUAAGUGCCUUAACAAGCAUAUCUGAGUUUAUGGCUGUUUACUUUAAAAGAAAUAUGACUGGAGGUUUAAUAGAGUUGGUACUGUUUUCUUUCAUGUGUAAUGAUCAAGAAUGUCUAAAAACCUUUUUUUUAUGCAUUAAAUGUUUAGCAUAUCAUAGUUACAGAAGAUAUUACAGGGGCAGCAAUUAAAGUUGAUAAUUUACCAUGUUCAAAUGACCAUUAAAAAAUCUUUGUAUGCAUUUCAGUGGGGAAAAAGUUUACAUAUUGAAUAAAAACUAAAUACAUUUUUACAAAAAUAUGGCACUCUCUUAUGUGCUUUUUGCCUAUUUGCAUAUUAUGUUGCUGUAAAAGUUGUAAUGAAUAAAUCAGGAGAUUUAAAGAUAAAAAUAAAAACUGAUUAUGGUUUUAUUAACAACUCUGUUAAAGUUCCAUUUAAAUAUGCAUCACAAGUGUUAUGUCCUCUAUUCCAAGCCUUGAUAGUUUUAUUUUAUUACAAUGCUUACUGUAAGUGUGUGCUUGGAAGAAAUGCUCCACUAGUUGUAAAAUGUAACUAUACGCAAUAAACAAAUGU